CAGCGAUGCUAGCCCCAGGGCGAUCGAUCGGAUCUGGAUUCUGCAGCAUAUCGCAGAAUCAGAAUGCCGAAAUUAAUCGCUAUUAUUGCAGGCGUUGGCCCCGGUACGGGCAGUGCCAUUGCCCGUCGCUUUGCGCAAGCUUAUCCAGUAGUCCUCCUGGCUCGGUCGCAACAGUCUUUAGAUUCCGUCGCAAAGGAUAUUAAGGAAAAUGGAGGCUCAGCGAUCGGCAUCCCAACUGAUGUGACGAGCACCUCGGGAAUGAAAACCACUAUGGACCAAGUCAAAGCUCACUAUGGCUCUGAUAUCAGUAUUGCGGCGGCAGUCUAUAACAUUGCCAGCAAAUUCGUGCGGAAGCCGUUCUUGGAGCAAAGCUCGGAGGAGUUUCUGGGCAGCCUUGAACCCUCUAUCAAGGGUGCUUUCAACUUCUCCCAGGCAAUCCUGCCUUUUAUGUCGAAUGCAGAAGAAACGCGGUAUCCACCCACGUUGAUAUUCACAGGUGCGACGGCGGCACUCAAAGGAGGAUCGGGACUUUCUGGGUUUGCAAUGAGCAAAUUCGGAAUCCGUGCCAUGUCGCAAUCUCUUGCACGCGAGUUUGGGCCCAAGGGUGUUCAUGUCUCUCAUGCUAUCAUUGACGGCAUUAUCGACACCGAGAAGACAAAGAGUUACAGUCAAGAUAUUCCGGACUCCAAAAUCGACCCAGAAUGGAUUGCCGAGUCAUAUUGGUUUUUGCACACCCAGCCUAGAACUUCUUUCACCCACGAGCUAGAUCUGCGACCAUAUUCCGAGACAUGGUAGCAUGUCCCAUUCUGCCUUCCCUGUGGUAAUAGAAAAUUGC